AUGGCUACUCCAGCACAUGGUUUUGAUGAGGAGUUUGUAGAGCCGCUCAGUACUAGGUUCACAUGCCCUAUCUGUCAUCUAGCAUUUAGAGAACCUGUGCUAACUCGAUGUGGGCACCAGUUCUGCAGCAGCUGCUUGACGCCAUGUCUACAACAGUCUGCUUCGUGUCCCGUGUGUAGGAUCGAAUUGGAUUCAUCAAGUAUUUUUCCUAACAAUGCACUGAAAAGAGAAAUUUUGGAUUUCAAUAUCAAAUGUUGUUUACAUGAGAAAGGAUGUGCGUGGACUGGUGAACUAAGAAAUGGUGAAAUACAUGACAGAGAAUGUCAGUAUGUGAAUGUUGUGUGUGAGAAUGAAUGUGAGCAAUUUAUAAUGAAAAAAGACAUUGAUGAUCAUAUGACAAAUCAUUGUCCUCAACGAAUUGUCACCUGUAAGCAUUGUACAGAGGACGUCAAGCAAGUAGAACUGGAAGAUCAUUAUGAAGAAUGUGAUGGGUAUCCUAUAGACUGUACAUACAAGUGUGGCGUGAUGGUUCAGAGAUGUCAAAUGGAAGAUCAUAUUGGCAGGCAGGGAACAUGUCCAAACAGUCUUCUUGAUUGUGAUUUUGAGGACAAUGGCUGUCAGUUUAGAGGAAAUCGUCAUAAUUUAUGCAAACAUAUUGAAAACAACAUUGGUUUGCAUUUUAGUUUGAUUGGAAGUGCACUGAAAGAAACAAAAGAAGAACUAAGAGCUACUAAAGAAGAACUGACUGAAACUAGAGAUGAACUGACCGAAACAAGAGAGCAAUUGGAAGAAACCAAAGAUGAACUGACAGAAACUAGAGAUGAACUAAUGGAAACUAGAGGUAAACUGACAGAAUCAAGAGUGCAACUUUCUGAAGAGAUACAUAGGAGAAGCCUGUCUCUUCUACCACAGACACCAAAACAGUUUUUGUUUACUUGGACAAUAGAUAAUUGGCAAGAGAAGUUGAAAGCAUCUAGAGAGGAAGAGAGUGACAUGGAAAUGAUUAAAAGCAGUUCAUUUUAUGUUUAUCCUGGGUAUCACUUGUACAUUGGUGCUUAUCCAAAUGGUGACAAAGCUGAUCACAGAGGCAAUCUUAGUGUUUUUCUGUUUGCAGCUAGAGGUGAUUUUGACACAAAAGUGAGUUGGCCAUUUCCAUAUUCUUUUGAUUUUGAACUCGUAGACCAACAAGUUGGAGGAAUGAAUACUUGUCGUAAAGUAUCACCACCAUAUGGAAACGCAUUAAAGUUCUUAUCAAAUGAGGGAUAUGGGUAUCCAAAAUUUAUGAGCCACCGGAAGUUAGAGUCACGUUGCUACAUCAAAGAUGAUGCAAUUUGCAUAAAACUGUAUGUUGACCUUACUAAAUGAUCACGACUGACAUUGUAGCGUUCUUGCCUAGACGUUUGUGUGGGAGAGUAUGUAUGUAGUUAAUUACUGACUAAUUAUGUUGCGUUGCCAUAAUUGGUCAUACCUAAUUUGCAUCUUUCUGGUAUUUGACUGCACCGGCGUUUGGUUUUGAGUGAACUAGUCCGGUGGAAUAUAGAGUAGUGAGUCUGUGAAGGGGAGAGUUUGAGUGCGGGUG